AUGGCUAAGGAGAGCAAGAAUAUCGUCGUUCUGGGCGGCUCCUACGGGGGCGUCUCCAUCGCGCAUUACCUUCUCAAACAUGCCAUCCCUCAGCUGCCCGACAAAGCAAGCUAUCAGGUCAUUCUCGUCAGCCCCUCAUCCGAGGUUAUUUGUCGCCCGGCCACUCCUCGCGCAUUGAUUUCAGAGGAUAUGUUCCCCCAAGACAAGCUCUUCGUCAAUAUCCCAAAGCAAUUUGAGCAAUACCCCAGCGGUUUCCGGUUCAUUCAAGGCGCCGCGACAGCACUCGAUCACAACGAGCGUCAUGUCACUGUGACCCUCAAGGGAGGCAGCACCGAGAAGAUCGACUACCACGCGCUUGUCAUCGCCACCGGUACCUCCACCGCAUCGCCCCUUCUAUCACUGAACCGCGACUCUGAAUCCCUGCGCGAUAGCUGGAACGCUUUCCGCGCCGCUCUCCCCAAGGCCAAAAGUAUUGUCAUCGCGGGUGGAGGUCCAGCCGGCGUCGAGACAGCCGGCGAGCUAGGCGAAUAUCUCAACGGUCGCUCCGGCUGGUUCAGCCAUGGACAGCAGAAUCCAAAGGUCCCCAUUACCCUGGUGACCUCAGACACGAAAAUCCUCCCCGUUCUACGACCCGCGAUCGCAAAGAAGGCCGAAGACCUCCUCGCCCACGUGGGCGUCAAAGUGAUCAAGGGAUCCCGCGUUGCGAGUGUCUCACCACCUGGUGCAGGAACCGAGGGCGCUCUGGCGACCAACGCGACCGUCACCCUGGAAGACGGCAAAACCCUCGGCGCCGACCUAUACAUCCCUGCCACCGGCGCCAAGCCCAACACCAGCUUCAUCAACGAGUCUCUUUUGACGGCCAGGGGCCAGGUCGAGACCAACUCGGGUACCCUGCGUGUAGACGCUGCUGGUCCACGGGUAUAUGCGAUCGGUGAUGUGGGCUCGCAUGCGCGUCCGGCGGUGCACAACAUCCUGAAUACAGUUCCCGUUCUGGGGGCGAAUAUCAAGCGGGAUUUGCUUCUGGCCAGUGGGAAGGCAGAAAGUGCUGUUGCUGCUGAUCGCGUUUUCAAGGAGGACACUCGGGAGAUGCAGCUCGUGCCGAUUGGAAAAAGCAAGGGUGUGGGCGCUGCCAUGGGCUAUCAGGUACCCAGUUGGAUGGUGUGGGCUAUCAAAGGCCGAGACUACUGGCUAUGGACGACUGGCAACUUGUGGAGUGGCAAGCAGUGGGCCAAAGAGUCGUGA